UGUUGACUACACAGAUGUUUGCAGGCUGAUCAUACCUGCACAUCUGUAGUUGGGACAGUUCAAAAUUUAAAAGCAGACUGCACAGAUGGUUCUAGACGUGCUUUUUGAAUUGUGUACCUUUGUACUUUGUAAUGUUUUGGGGGGAUACCAGAGGACAGCCAGAAUUUGUUACCAGACUUUUAAAUCGUACAGGUCUUUGUACUCCAACUAAACCUACCCAUCCAUUAGCAAGUGUACAGAGAUAUCGUCCUGGCAAUUGUGCAUCUUUCUCCUUUGACCUUAGCAGUUUGCAUGGCAGAUUGUGCCAAGAUGAGGCCUGUCCAGGGACCCAUGCAAUAAAAGUUGUCGAGAUGUCCACAGAAGGAGGAUUUGGUGGUACUAGCAGCAGUGAUGCCCAGCAAAGCCUACAGUCGUUCUGGCCUCGGGUCAUGGAAGAAAUCCGGAAUUUAACAGUGAAAGACUUCCGAGUGCAGGAACUCCCACUGGCUCGUAUUAAGAAGAUUAUGAAACUGGAUGAAGAUGUGAAGAUGAUCAGUGCAGAAGCGCCUGUACUCUUUGCUAAGGCAGCCCAGAUUUUUAUCACAGAGUUGACUCUUCGAGCCUGGAUUCACACAGAAGAUAACAAGCGCCGGACUCUACAGAGAAAUGAUAUCGCCAUGGCAAUUACAAAAUUUGAUCAGUUUGAUUUUCUCAUCGAUAUUGUUCCAAGAGAUGAACUGAAACCUCCAAAGCGUCAGGAGGAGGUGCGCCAGUCUGUAACUCCUGCCGAGCCAGUCCAGUACUAUUUCACGCUGGCUCAGCAACCCACCGCUGUCCAAGUCCAGGGCCAGCAGCAAGGCCAGCAGACCACCAGCUCCACGACCACCAUCCAGCCUGGGCAGAUCAUCAUCGCACAGCCUCAGCAGGGCCAGACCACUCCUGUGACAAUGCAGGUUGGAGAAGGUCAGCAGGUGCAGAUUGUCCAGGCCCAGCCACAGGGUCAAGCCCAACAGGCCCAGAGUGGCACUGGACAGACCAUGCAGGUGAUGCAGCAGAUCAUCACUAACACAGGAGAAAUCCAGCAGAUCCCGGUGCAGCUGAAUGCCGGCCAGCUGCAGUAUAUCCGCUUAGCCCAGCCUGUAUCAGGCACUCAAGUUGUGCAGGGACAGAUCCAGACACUUGCCACCAAUGCUCAACAGGGGCAAAGAAAUGCAAGUCAGGGGAAGCCUCGAAGGUGCCUGAAAGAAACCUUACAGAUUACACAGACAGAGGUCCAGCAAGGACAGCAGCAGUUCAGCCAGUUCACGGAUGGACAGAGGAACAGCGUGCAGCAAGCUCGAGUCUCUGAGCUAACGGGAGAGGCAGAGCCCAGAGAAGUGAAAGCCACAGGAAAUUCAACUCCCUGCACCUCUUCCCUGCCCACCACACACCCCCCCUCACACCGGGCUGGUGCCUCCUGUGUCUGCUGCUCCCAACCCCAGCAGAGCUCCACUUCCCCUCCUCCUUCUGACGCCUUGCAGUGGGUGGUGGUUGAGGUAUCUGGGACCCCCAACCAGCUCGAGACCCAUAGGGAGCUGCAUGCCCCUCUCCCAGGGGUGACCUCACUCUCUCCUCUCCACCCCUCGCAGCAGCUCUACCAGAUCCAGCAAGUCACCAUGCCUGCGGGCCAGGACCUCGCCCAGCCCAUGUUCAUCCAGUCAGCCAACCAGCCCUCCGACGGGCAGGCUCCCCAGGUGACCGGCGACUGAGGGCCUGAGCUGGCAAGGCCACGGACACCCAACACAAUUUUUGCCAUACAGCCCCAGGCAAUGGGCACAGCCUUCCUCCCCAGAGGACCCGGCCGACCUCAGCGCCUCCUGCAGGCUAGGACACUGGUGCACUACGCCCCAUGCCUGGGGGCCGAGAUUCUCCAGCAGAAAGAUGCAAUAUUUUUUGUUUCCUUUUUUCCAUUUUUUUCUCCAAGGAAUCAAUAUUUCAAUAUGUUGAGUGUGUGUCCAAUGCUAUGAAAUUAAAAUAUUAAAUAACAUAUUUAUGGCAUUUUCUUGAAGAGUGUGGUUGAAGAAAUAUUUCUCCUUUUGUUUUUCUUUUUUUUUGUUUGUUACUGCCACUUCUUUUUAGGAGCAAAUCUCCCCAGGGGUGUACGGUAUUUCUUGACUCUGGGAACAGCUGCUACCCCCAAGACUUGCCACAUUGUUCUGCCCUCAGAUGGAAUUAGGUGAAUGUGUGUAGCUGCUUUUUCACUCGUGGUCCUCUCCCCAUCCCUUGCUCUGACCCCAGAGCUCUGUGUAUUUGCAUCCAGAGGCCAUGGAAACAUUCCUUGCAUUUAAGAGACAGAUUUAUUCCCUGUGGAGAGUGGGUGGAUUCAUUGCCACACUCUUUUCUCCCAGGGACCCAGGAAACUAGGACUUUGUGUGUUUGCUGCCCACCUCCCUUUUAUUUUUUAAAUGCAUUAAAAACUGUGCUAGUCUCCUUUGCAUGGACUUCAAGCUGCAUGAAAUGCAAUAAAUCUCAUUUUAGAUAA